UAAAGCAAAACAUUAACCGUACCUACAUUUCAAGAACAAAAACUCAUCACAAGAAAAUCUAAAAAUACCAAAACAACUUAAUUACGCUAUGACAUUUAAAAAGAAAACGUUCAAUAAUUCAUCAACCGCCUAUCAAUAUAAUAAUUCUGUCAGGCUUUAAUUGAAAUUCAGUACAAAGCACGAUAUUGAUACAUUACAAACGCAAAAGAGCCAUACCGCCAAUUUACAACAGAAUUCACAAAUCCCUCCAUGCCCACUAAAUACACAAUCACGUUAAAUCAAUUGCUACACCCAUCUCGGUUACCCCACAAUAAAACCGUUAAGUUAAAAAGAGACGUAGCACAUUCGAAAGCGUUGGGGCCUAAACGGAUAACGCCUACAAAACCGAAGGGGGUAGGGUGAAAAAAAAGCUUGUUUGUUGAGGGGCGUGUCCCCUCGGCAUCUCAGUCAGUCGGCCGCCGCGGUCGUGCGCAGACGUCCCAUCUGUCAAAGUGACAGCCGCGUUCCAAAUUUGAAUUACAAACUGACAUGCAUAAAUCGAUGUUGAAAGUGAGCUGUGUAUUGACUGUAUAAUAAGACAUUGAGUGAUAUUGACUUGAAUAGAGUUAUCAUGGCUUUCGAAGACCGCUGCAGUCCGAAUCAGGCGAACAGUCCGGGGCCGGUGGCUAGAGUACCGGCUCCGCAUGCGGAGAACUUGGGGUCCUACUGCCAGCCUAGUCAGUAUACCUGCACGACUAUUGAACCAAGGUACGAACGCAACGCACCAAUGACUAUCGUCAAGGUCCAACCCAAUUCGCCGCCACCAAGCCCUCAAGAAUACCAGAACUACUACAGACCCGAAACGCCAGAUGUCAAGCCUGUCAUCAACCAAGAUUUCGACCCGAAGUUGAAUCAAAGACAACAACCAACCUUACCAAUCAACUUCUCCAUUAGCAACAUCCUACACCCUGAAUUCGGUUUGAAAGCUUUAAGAAAAACGAACAAAAUCGAAGGACCAAAAUCCGUCGGGCCUAACCACAGCAUCCUCUACAAACCUUACGAUUUAUCGAAGCAGAACGACUUCCAGAAAUACAGCUUCGACUAUCUAAAGUCUAAAGAGCCGGACUUCAACAGAUUGCCGCCAUUGGGUGGUUUAAGACAGACUGUUUCGCAAAUCGGGGAAGUGCAAAAGGAGAAAGAAAUUCCGAAGCCGGUUGAGGCUAAGAGGCCUGAUUCAGCGAGUUCCAUAGUAUCGUCAACAUCCAGUGGAGCGCCUUCUACAUGUGGCAGUACAGAAGCGAAUAGCCAAGGAAACUCUACUCUGUGGCCUGCGUGGGUGUACUGCACGAGAUACAGCGACAGACCUAGUUCAGGGCCCAGAAGCAGACGGAUGAAGAAACGCGCGACCCCAGAAGAGAAGAGACCGAGAACCGCCUUUAGCGCAGCGCAGCUCGCUAGACUAAAGCACGAGUUCGCGGAGAACCGCUACCUGACCGAACGGAGACGGCAAGCUCUCGCCGCGGAGCUCGGCCUGGCUGAAGCCCAGAUCAAGAUCUGGUUCCAGAACAAGCGAGCCAAGAUCAAGAAGGCCACAGGGCAGAGGAACCCGCUGGCCAUGCAGCUGAUGGCACAAGGGCUGUACAACCACAGCACUGCGACUGAGAGCGAUGAGGAAGAGGAGAUUAGUGUAACGUAGGGAGAUGGGUUUCUGUAGUU